CCCGACGGGCCUGUACACAGCGACCGGGGCUGAGAACACAGCUCUUGCUCACACCGCUCAUCAAAUGUCUCUUGCAGACUACAGGCGGCAGGCUAACGGUAUCAAGAAUCACGUGACUUGUAGUGUAACUUCGGCUGAUAUUCAUCUAGAAGGAAAGGACCAAACAGCAUCAAUGAGUAACUUCGUAGUAACGACACCCUCAUUAACAGCCUACCCCGCCCACCCUACACCAGGCUAUGUUCCCACUUAUGGCACCACAGCAAUGCCAAGUGGUUUGUCACACCAUCAUCUCUGGUCAGCCACGCCCAAUACCGCCAUGAGUUGUAGUGGUGAUGCUGUUAGUGUGUUAGAUGGUUCAAAUGUUCUCCGGCCCUCACCGUUCGGCUAUGGGAAGACCGCUAUGAUGCCCACCGGGUCGUCGUGUAACGGCUCCAUAGUUAAGUGUGGAGAUGAACAAACAAUGCAACUCGGCAAUGGAACUCCUCAGGGUCGCACAGACAUGAGAAAAGAUGACCUCAUUAUAUGAUGAUCACGUGAUAACUCUAACAUCUCCUGAUUGGCUAAAUGUUAAAAAUCGAUUGGAUAGGAUUUAACGGACUGGCCAAGAAAGACAUAUUCACUUUGGAUAUUGUGACCAAGUAAAGAUGGAAACAAUGAAACAACCAUCAGGAAAACAUUAAAAUGUUUGCACAUAUGACAGAAGAACAGCUAGUGACAGUUCUAAAGAGAUUGAUCAACUGUUAUCAAACUUCUUAUAUUGUAAAUAGAACUACACAAAAUAAAGAAAAUUAUCAACAGUUGAUUGGAGGAGCUAUAUACUUCAAAAUUCGAUUAACGAUUAAUUCAAAGCAAACUAGAUGUCCAGAGGGCUUGAAGAAGUAAUGUGAUCAUGGUGAUAAUAUUUUGUGACUUAUGAUCUUGUUUGGAAUUAGUUUUUUAGUCAACAUCUGCUUGAUGGUGGAAAUUUGGAUUUCCUUUUUAAGUGUCGAAAAGUGAAAGAAAUAAAAUCAAAUUUCGUAUAGAUGACGUCAUUUGCACUCCGCCUACAUCUUGAUGAUACCUACCAAGGAAAUGUCUUUAUGUUUCCUGUGACUGAGAAAUAAUGUUAAAUUGUGGUUGUUUUUGUUUUUAAUAAUUGUACAACUCAUUUCAUGUUUGUUAUUGAUUUUUAUUUUUAUUAUCAGCCAUCUGAGUAAGAAUGUAUUAUAGUGACAUGGGUUAUUUAUUUUUGUUUCAAUUUUUCAUUUAUUCAAGUAGUUCCUAAGAUUAUUUUUUUGAUAAGAAAUUGAUCAAAAUUACAUCUUGUCUCCUUUAAAUCGGGAGUAAGGUGAUAUUAUGAUUUUGUUUAUUGAAAACACAAAGGCAUAUUUGAUUGAAAAUGAGUAACAUGCAUCAGGAAAAUCCAGAAAAUAUGUAUAUUUUUUUUUCAUUUACUCGACCUAAUCAUAAUGGUGUUUUUUUUUCAUUGGUAGGAAUGACGUCACAGUAGGAGUUAAGCUAAAAUAUUGACGUCAUUUGUGAUAAAAGAUUUGUUACGACUUUCAUUCACGGCAAAAACGAAAUUUUCCACACCACACCGGAAAAUUAUAGUUAAAUGAAAGAAAUCUUCAGAAAAUAUUAUAAGCCAGUGAGAUUUCUAUUCGUUGGAGUUCUUCUUAAUAAAAUAUGAAAAAGUCUGUGUUUUUUAUCAGUUUUCAAGAUGGUUAGAAUCAAAGUCUUCAGUUUAUUAUUUUUUAUCGUGUUUAUAUUGUGAACUGGGAAUAAUGUGUAAGUUAAGAUUCGAACUAAGUGCAAUGGUAUCAUUAUGUUGAUGUGAUGAUUUUUUUUUAUUGUGUUCUGUGCAUUCUUUCUGAAUUUGUUGCUUUGUCUAAAAAUUCGAGAUUACUACGCUCAUAAACAGGUCCAACUAAGCAUCUUUAGCAAUGCCACACUGGGAGCACCUUAACAUGUUAAAUUUUGCGCAUUUCCUAUCUGAAAAUUACACAGAUGCACCUACUGUAUAAAGGUGCUCCAAUAUGUCCAAGAUGAGAAGGUGCUAAAUUGCACAAUCUCAGUCUGGCAUUGGCUGCACGGUAUAUUUUACUUGAAAUGCCGUAUUCGUAGUUUGAAAUAUAUGUACAAUCAUAAUGUCCUCUGGCAGAAACAUACUGAAAAUUUCAAAAUAAAAUACCUAUUCAAUAUUUAGUAGCAAACACACCAGUGAACAGAGAAAGUGUUAAUUAAAAUGAGCAUUUGUAGAUUUAAAGCUUCAAUACAUUAACGAAAAUGAAGAUGACAUACGCAUUGAACAUGUUCGGUGCUCUUUAAAUGACAUACUUGUCUACUCGUAUUGAAAUAAUUUUUUUCUUCAAACUUUCGCUACAAAAUAGCUUGUUUUGUUCCAAGAUGGCUUUGAUACCGCACUGAAAUAAUAAAGGCUUUGUUAAAUUUUCAAAAAAGCAUGGUGACGAAGAUAAGUUUGUUGAUUCUGAUUGAAGCUCUAUUGAUAUUAUCUAUUGUAGAUAAUGCAUGAUAAACAUGAUAGAGUUAAAUUUAUUUAAAAGGCUAUCACAUUUUCGGAAAGAGGAAGCAUUGGAAGAAGGAAAUCUUUUUAAAAGGAAUAUUUGAAUAUUUUGUAUUUCAUGAUAGCUUACGGAAUAAUUGAAACAUGCAUGGUGUCCAAUUAUUAGUGAUUAAUUUAACUGAAAUAAUUUUGUUCGUAUGACUUGAAAUAGCUUGCGCAAUGAACAAGAAUAUUGUACAGAAUGACUAAUAAAACAAAAUGUAAAAUCAG